AUGCACGGCCGCAAGUUCGAGUACAGCUUCCAGAAGGACGCGUAUGCCGACCAGGAGUUCUGCAACGAUGUGGGCUACCUCCCAGACGGCACCCCGCUGAAUCGAGCUGGGAACGCCAUCAACCAUCCCGAGAACAUUGGACCCGACAGCCAUGCUCCCGGAUCUCCACUGCCCCGUGCCAUCUUCGUGAAUUCCGUCGGCUACCUCCCAGACGGCACGCCGCUCAACCGUGCUGGCAACGCCAUCAACCAUCCGGAGACGAUCCAGCCGGACACACACACUCCUGGUUCGCCUUUGCCCGCAUCCAUCUAUGCGGCCGACGUGGGCUACCUUGUUGACGGGACGCCCAUGGACCGUGCGGGCAACCUUUCUGUCCAGUGA